GAUCUUCCAUCCGCGAUCAACCGCAGACGACAGUGUUGUUUUUGUUCUCGCUCGUAAAAUGGCAUUUGCCAUGAGAAAUGUCUUCGCGGCUAUCAAAACCCUCGCGAGGAGGCAGCCCCAGGCACAGCGUUACAUCUCGGCCUCCUCUUUUUUGAGGACUGUUGAGAAGGAAACUGAGCCUGCUGAUACUCAACCUACCAUCCGGAAGAUUAAUGAAGACAGAGUAGGAGAGUUGAAGGACUUUGGAGUCUAUGUGGCCGAGUGCAUGCCAAAGUAUGUGGAGAAGGUGCAAAUAGCAGCUCGUGAUGAAUUGGAGGUAAUGAUUUCACCAGAAGGUAUCGUGCCAGUUAUUAGUUUCCUCACCUACCACCACAAUGCUCAGUUCACAAGUUUGUCAGACAUCACUGCUGUUGAUGUGCCUAACAGACCGUAUAGAUUCGAGCUUAUUUAUCAACUGCUUUCAAUUCGAUACAAUACACGAAUUCGUGUUAAAACUUACACAGAUGAACUGACACCAAUUGAUUCUAUUUAUUUCAUACACAAAGCUGCUGAUUGGUAUGAGCGCGAAGUGUGGGAUAUGUUUGGUAUUUACUUCAGAAAUCACCCCGAUUUGAGAAGGAUUCUCACUGAUUACGGAUUUGAGGGACAUCCUAUGAGGAAAGAUUUUCCUCUCACUGGUUACACUGAGGUGCGAUAUGAUGACGAGAAGAGGAGAGUUGUUUGUGAACCACUCGAGUUGACACAAGAAUACAGGAAAUUCGACUUAUCAGCACCAUGGGAACAGUUUCCCAAUUUCAGAGAUUCUGCAGCUCAAGGAGUUCCAACAAAGAAGGAUAAGUAAUUUUGUUAUGGAUACCACUGUCAUUAAAUUAUUAAAUAGAACACAAUCAUUAUUACAUACCCUUAUAGAACUGUAAUUAUGUUAAUAAAAUUAUCCUAUACAUCUUUGAUUUUUUUAAUGGUAAAUGUUUCAAGAUUUCAAGAAAAUUUUAAGUAAAAAGGAACCAUAUUUAUUGUGAAUAUUAUUAGAGUAAACAUUUCUAUUAAAUUAUGAUUGAAUUAUAUUAACUUAUAACCUCAGAACUCGUAAUCAAUAAGUGGAAAGACUGGAGGGUAAAAAAACAAGGUUAAUGAAUAAGAUAUGAUUAUAAACAAAUUUUUUUUUAUUUCCAAAGAUGUUGACAGGCUGUAAUAAAAAAAAAUAAAAUUUUGUA